AUGCGACGGUCUCGAGCAUCUAAGCAGACUGAGAAAGUCUUGCAGGCGCUUUCGCCCCCUGCGCGCCGGCAAACGCGCAGUUCAAAUCUACAUGCCCUGCGCAGCUUUGCAUAUAACGGAAGCUCUAAUGGCCAUGUUGAGCCUAAGUUACCUGCAAGUGAUGAUGAAACAUCAUCUCUCUCGUCUCUUGACACAGUGGACAUUGAAGAUAUCAUGGAACCUCCGGCGAAGCGGCGGAAAAGCAAAGUAGACCCUGCGCCACCGCGGAAAGCCAACCCUCGAGCUUCAACAAGGGUUCCAGAGAAGACGAUUGAAAAAGCUGUCAAGACUGAGCCUGUAGCACAGAAGGCACGCCGCCUUCCUGCACGAAAAAUCAAAGAAGAGGACGGUUCUUUCAAAGUAGAGCCACCCUCCAAUUGGGACACGAUAUACGCCACUGUCAAAAAGAUGCGCGAGGCUAACCCGACUGCUCCGGUGGAUACCAUGGGAUGUGCCGAGUUAUAUUGGCGUGCAUCAUCUCCGCGAGACCGACGGUUUCAGACUCUCGUUGCGCUGAUGCUGUCUUCCCAAACGAAGGACACCGUCACGGCUGUGGCAAUGCAGCGAUUGCACACCGAACUUGGGGAUGGCAAAGCUCCUCUGAUAGAGCCUGGUGUAAUCAAAGAAGAGCUAGACGAGGACACGUUCAAGUUGGAAAAGCCUCUCAGAGACAGUACCUUGAAUCUUGAGAAUAUUUUGGCUGUUUCCCCCGAGAAGCUGAACGAAUUAAUCGGUAAGGUGGGCUUCCAUAACAACAAGACCAAAUAUAUCAAGGCCGCAGCUAUCAUUCUUCGCGACCAGUACCAAGGAGACAUUCCACCCACUGCCGAGGAGCUGAUGAAGCUCCCCGGAGUGGGCCCGAAGAUGGCAUAUCUCUGUAUGAGCGCUGCUUGGGGAAAGCAUGAAGGUAUUGGAGUUGACGUCCACGUCCAUCGUAUCACGAACCUCUGGGGAUGGAACAAGACAAAAACACCCGAGGAGACCCGCAAGGCACUGGAAUCAUGGCUGCCAAAGGAUAAAUGGCACGAGAUUAACAAGCUGCUUGUCGGGCUGGGACAGACGGUCUGCUUACCAGUAGGCAGGAAAUGCGGGGAUUGUGACCUCGCGGGGACGAAAUUAUGCAAAAGCGAGAUCAGAGGCCUUGUAUCUAGCAGGAAGGUCAAUGCUAAGGAGGAGAAUGUUGAAGGCGGAGUGGAAGUAAAAAUUGAGGGGGAGUGA